AUGGAAGUGUGCGUGCUGCCUUGGGCACACGGUGCGCCGUCCCUCGCCGACAUUCUCCUGCGCGGCGGAGGGAACCGCCUGCGGAGGCAAAGUCGCUGUGCAGAGUUGGCGUUCUUCCUGCUGUGUUUCGAGCUUUGCGGAGUGCGUGCAUUGUGGCGUCAUUUUUGGCGUCGUGACAUUCUCACCGUCGGGGUGCCUGUGCCGGGUGUGGCUGGCCAACACCUCGGCAAUGCCCGGCUGCUUGCCACGUUAAGGGCAUUGAAGGAGUGCCGUAGUCUUUGUUGCCGGCUGCAGCUCUGUUUUGGAGCGUUCGUGUGCGCGUAUGUAAGAUACUGGACUCGUUUUCGUUUCGGACCUGAAUCCACAGGACGUGCAUUGGGACGGGAUGGAUGCAGCAGGAUCGCCAUAUUCCCGGGACGCUUUCUUCUUGACCCGAAGCAGUCGUGCUUGUGGCAGUGUCGGUGA